UGUCAAUUUUUAUUUCAUUUUUAUUCCAAACCAAAUCCUUCCCUGACAACCCUUUCCAGACACGCUUGAUUUUUGCAUUUUGGGUGCUUCUUUUCUUGCCCCUUUUGUCUCUCUCUUUUUUUGACCCCUUAAAUUUCUGCAUUCUUUUCCUUUUCCAUGUCAUUACUUGAAUGUAGUUUCCAAUGUUUUAAUGCAUAUUUUCUGAUAAUAAUAAAUUCACAAUCUUCCCGUUUUGCAUCAUUUUCAUUUUUGCUUUGAAAAAGUUUCCAAGGAAAUGGCUGUAGAACUUUGCUCAGAGAACUCUAGUACGAGUCCAAGGAUUUCAUUUUCUCAUGAUCUUUGCCAUUUUGAUGUUGUGCCUGUUGAGCCACGCCCUCUUAGAUCAAAAUCUUCAGGCUUAAAUUCAAGCAUUGAUUUCGAUUUCUGUGUUCGUGAAUGCUUUCACCAAGAAUCAUCAUCUGCUGAUGAGCUUUUCUCUGAUGGGAAGAUGCUUCCUAAGGAGAUCAAGAAAAAGAAUGUCUCCGCUAAACAAACUGAUCAAUCUUCACCUCCACUGCCAUUGCCACGAUCAAAUUCUGUUCCUGACGAUGCUAAUAUUAAUGAAAAUUCGAAGAAAGAAAGCUCGAAAGAGAACAAGAUUAUGCGGGAUGAAGCAGAUGAGAAGCAAAGUUCCAAGUCAUUUUGGGGUUUCAAGAGGAGUAGCAGCUUGAAUUGUGGAAGUAGAUAUGGGAGAAGCUUGUGUCCUUUGCCGCUUUUGUCAAGAAGCAAUUCAACUGGCUCUACGCCAAACGUUAAACAAGCUUCGGUUUCGAAAGUUUCCCAUAACCAUAAGCAGAAUGCACAGAAACAUGCUACUAGUUUCACUUCCUCCUAUAAUUCUUCAACAAGUUAUCUGAAGCCUCCAUUGAGGAAGAGUUAUAAGCCCUCUGGUAAUGGUGCUCAAGUUAAUCCUGUUCUGAAUGUUCCUUCCGGGAAUCUGUUUGGUUUAGGUUCAAUCUUCUUCAAUGGCAAAGAUAAGAACCACAAGAAGAAAUGAUUGAUAAUUCACUCUCUAAUCAUAAGUUUGGUCCUUUUUUUUCCUAUUCAAAUUUCUGUUUGUUAAUUUCCAUGUGAGUAGGAGAAUCGAAUGUAGUAUGGAUAAGGGAAAAAAAGCAAAGCCAUUGGCCUUAGGAAGACAAAAGAAGAUAGAAAUGUCAAUGGAUGGAGGGGCAGGGAACGAAUGA